UCAGUUGGAAGCUGCAAUGACGCGCGUAGACACGCCACCCCAAGCAAUUUCAGUUAAACCGAAAAGUGCAAACCUGUGCCGGUUCUUAUCAAUAAUAUCUAUAACAGCGUUCGCCGUUUCUUUAUACUUUAUUUACAAAAAACCUUUCGACUCACUCGGUGAUCCUUCUGAUCAAAUUGUAAUUCAGAAUAUCCCUAAAACUUAUUCAAAGUUAGAGACUGUUGAUCCUGAGGAACGUGAUGUUUUCGAAGGAUUUCGCACGUCGUUUUUGCCUCCAAAUGAUGAUUUUAUGGCCAGGCGGUAUGCUGACAGAAAUACUGAGACCUAUUACAAUGUAGCGAAUGACCAAAUUCAAUUAGGAACCAGAAAAAGUAUCCCACCCAAAAGGAUUAAACGCAGAAGCCAAUUUAAAUUUACGUCGGAAGAAGACGAAGACUAUCUCUCCGACCAAACCGAAGAGGAUGAAGAUGUCAGCGAAAUAGAAGAAAGUAACGAGAAAGAUCCUAACGAUCAAUACGACGAUGAUGGAAAACUGCAAAGUGUAGUGCAUCCUGAACUAUACGUUGACCGUGGCCCUUUGGACGAUGUGGAGCAAGUUCGAAGGCAGCCCGAGUUAGAAGAAGGCGAAAUGAGCUCAGCAGCGCAUGUGUACAAGCCUGUGCGUUCGUAUGCUGGUAUUCAUGCAUUUUGGAAAGGUCAAGGUGACCGCGACACAAUAAGGAGCACUCAAGCAAAAAUAAUGACGCAAUACAUGGACGCUGAAGCCGAUCCUUGUCAUGACUUUUAUCAAUACGCGUGCGGUAACUGGCCUGCUCUUAAUCCUAUUCCAGCUGAUAAAGCCGGUUAUGAUACAUUUGAAAUGCUUAGGGAAAACUUGGACGCAGUUCUCAAAGAUCUGCUUGAAUUUAAAAGUUCCGAAUACGUCACGUCCAUUUAUCCGGGCCCACAUUUAGAUCUCGAAGAAAGCUUUCUGAAAGUAUUAAGACCCUCAGAGUGUCCCACUGAAAAUAUUAAUAACAUGCGUAUAGAUAUAAUUUUAAACAAACCGGAUGAUAUUUCUGAUAAUGUUAAUGAACAAGCCCAUUACGAAAUACAUGAUGACAAAAACAAAUCAGAAAUUAUUAAUCGCAUUAGAAGGUAUUUGGACAAAAUAUCGACUGUUGACAAAUCUCUACCUAGAAUCAAAUAUAACAUUCACGAGUAUUACUUUGAUAAUAAAAGAAAAGGUAAGAGUCGUAUAAAGAGGCAACACAGAAUAGUGGAACACAUUAAUCGAGUUAACAGAAUAAGAAGAAAAAAGUUUUAUAAAAGGGACUUAUUGCAAGGAAGACGAUUACUAACAAAGAAGCGAGUCAAAAGACGGCAAGGCAUUGAUGACGUCAUUUCUCAUAUAAAACGUAUUCCUCAGAAACCUGACUCUAUCGACCCAGCUCAUGGUGAUGCUACAUUAAAGGCAAGAUAUUUGUUCAAAUCGUGUAUGAAUCAUGAAAUAUUGAAACAGAGGGCCCAACAACCACUUCUAGAUUUAUUAGAUCUUUUCGGUGGUUGGCCGAUAUUAAAACCCGAUUGGACACCUGGGGCUUUUGAUUGGUUGGAACUUAUGGCCAAAUUACGAUUGUUUAAUAACGAUAUUUUGAUAUCUGAGUGGGUUGGACCAGAUAUCAAGAAUUCCGAUGAAUAUGUCAUACAAUUUGAUCAAACCAGUUUAGGAUUGCCUACUCGAGAUUAUUUUCUACAAGGAUCAAACAGGGUUUAUUUGGAAGCAUACAAAACAUAUUUGAUAAAAAUAGCAACUUUACUUGGAGGAAAACCUGGUUACGUGAAAGCUAGUGCAGACAAGCUUAUCGAUUUUGAAAUCAAAUUAGCAAAAAUAACCUCAGCGCCAGAGGACAGACGCAACGUAUCCGAACUGUACAGGAGAAUGACGUUAGCGAAAUUGCAAACUUUAGUGCCGGAAGUCGAUUGGAAGAGAUAUUUGUGUAUUGUUAUGAAUAGAACUGUGCAUUCGGAGGAAACUGUCGUUCUAUUUGCGCUUAAUUAUGUUCGGCACUUGGUGCAAUUGAUAGAGACGACGGAUCCGAACACUUUAGCGAAUUAUCUGCUCUGGCGGUUUGUGAGGCAUCGCGUUAAUAACCUGGAUGAUCGCUUUCAGUCUGUUAAACAACAAUUCUACUUCAUACUAUUCGGGCGGGAACAAUCUCCACCUCGCUGGAAAAAUUGCAUAUCCCAAGUAAACUCGAACAUGGGCAUGGCCCUUGGCUCAAUGUUCGUUAGAAAGUACUUCGACGAAAUGAGCAAAAACGACACAUUGACCAUGACGAGGGAAAUCCAGCAAUCAUUUAGAGAUUUACUGCACAUGACCAAUUGGAUAGAUGACGAAACGAAAAAACUAGCGGCACAUAAAGUUGACUCUAUGAUGUUAAGAAUAGGUUACCCGGACUUUAUCCUGGAUAAAAUUGAGCUGGAUGAAAGGUAUAAGGAAGUGAGAAUACACCCGGAUAAAUAUUUUGAGAACAUUCUGAAUAUAUUGCAGCAUCUUACCAAAAUGGAACAGUCACGCAUUGGCCAACCGGUAAACAAAACACUCUGGAACACAGCGCCCGCAGUAGUGAACGCGUACUACAGCCGCAACAAGAACCAGAUAAUGUUCCCGGCCGGCAUCCUGCAACCGCCGUUCUAUCACCGGCACUUCCCGAGAUCGCUCAACUUUGGUGGCAUCGGGGUUGUUAUUGGUCACGAAAUAACCCACGGUUUCGACGACAAGGGUCGUCUGUUCGACUGCGAAGGCAAUUUGCACAGAUGGUGGUCGGAUACAGCUAUAGAGGCUUUCCACAAACGUGCGCAGUGUCUGAUCGAUCAGUAUGGACAGUAUGUAGUGCCGGAGGUUAAUAUGAAACUGGAUGGGGUUAAUACACAGGGUGAAAACAUAGCAGACAACGGCGGUGUGAAACAAGCGUUCCACGCGUACCAACACUGGCUGAGACUUCACGAUGCAAGCGAUGAAACUCUACCCGGCCUCAACCAUACACACACGCAGCUCUUCUUCCUUAACUUUGCUCAGGUAUGGUGCGGUGCAAUGCGUCCAGAAGCGAUGCGUAACAAACUGAAAACGGCCGUACAUUCUCCGGGACGGUUCAGAGUUAUCGGCACUUUGUCUAAUUCUAAGGACUUCGCGAGGGAAUUUAAUUGUCCAUUAGGUUCUCCAAUGAAUCCUGUACAGAAAUGUAGUGUGUGGUGAAAGAAAGAAUUAUAAUAAACAUAGAUGGUAUUACAACAAAACAAUUUAAACCCAGUCUAACUUUAAACCAGGGAUCUGUCACUUUAAUAGUAAUUAUUAUCUAUGAGAUAACCCGCGCAAGUUAAACCCUGUCUAAAGUUUUUUGUGGUGAGACAGAGAAAUUUUAAUUUUAUAAAUAUGUCCUGUUUUAGCUACCUACAAGCUUUACAAUAUUAUCUAAUAAAAAAAACGUUUUUCACAGAGCGAUAAAAUUUUAUCUUAUAAACCUAUAUUGUUUACAGAAACUUUCAUGAUUUAGAAUCCUAAUAAUAAAAAAUAUUUUUCGAUAUUCAAUCCGUCCAUAUCCAGUUAAAAUUACCCUCAUUUUUGUCAAACGUAUCUCAGAUCUCUAUACUAAUUUCAGCUCAUAAUAUCGAAUAAAUCCUUUCAGUACCUGAUUUGUUAUAAUUAUUAUUAUUAUUUGUAUAAAACUCUUUUAUAUUGUGGAGAUAUUACAAUCGUGCAUUUUGGUAACUGUGCUUUAAUUGUAUAUUAAUAUUAAGUUUGUAUUAUUAAUUAUCAAUUUAUAACUAGUUUAUUUAUAAAUGAAUAUUUUUCAA